AUGUUUCAAUUUGUCGAGAACGGGGUCGAGAUUGAGCGGUUUCGCGCUCAGCAGCGUCAAAUGAGUCGCAAUCAGCACCACUUUUCACCUGAUAAUCGAGAAAUCGAAGGGGAUCGGCUCGAUGAAGACGACGGACGCAGGCGCAAAAUCUCGGCCACUCGGUCCCAGAAACAGCAGCAGCAGCACCUGUGUCCGAACGAAUUGGAACAGGACGAUUGUUGGCCUUUGUCAGCCACUGGUUUGCUCGCGGGUUUUAACGCCUUCGACUUUAUGGCUUCACCUGAAGCCUUCUGCCAUGACACGUACAGUGCCGGGUACAACGACUCGCAGCACGCAAGUGAUGUGGCUAAGCAAGUGACAUCCAUGGGAUUCCACUGCACCAGCAUGUGGUAG